CUUUAAAAAACUCAUAAAAAAAUCCAUAAAAACCAGAGAGAAAAAAAAAUAAUAACAAAAAAUAAAAGGAAGAGAAAGAGGAGAAAGAGGGUUUUUUCUUUUCUUUUCGGUGCUAAAAAGCAGAGAGCUCAUUUACAUAUCUUCUUCUUCUUCGUCUUCUUAACCUCCGUCGCGGCUUUUAUAAUAGAGAGAGAGAGAGAGAGAGAGAGAGAGAGAGAGAUAGCGAUAGAGAGAAACAGUGACAAGUAAACGGCGUCGUUUAUUCUCAGAUCUGAGGAACAGAGAGAGGGAGAGAGAAUGAGUGGCAAAGCAGCCAUUAAUAAUGGGAAGGGUAAUAGUGGAAUUUCAGGUAUUCCGGCAGGGUCGAGGAAGAUGGUUCAGAGCUUGAAAGAGAUUGUGAACUGUCCUGAACCUGAGAUCUACGCUAUGCUUAAAGACUGUAAUAUGGACCCUAACGAGGCCGUCAAUCGCCUCCUCUCUCAAGAUCCUUUCCACGAGGUUAAGAGCAAAAGAGAAAAGAAAAAAGAGACUAAGGAUACAACAGAACCAAGGUCCCGUGUUGCCAAUAAUGCCACACAUCGUGCUGGCAGAGUUGGUGCAGAUCGUUAUGGACGUGGUGGUUCUAGCCAAUUCAGCUCUAAUGAUCCUGGUGUUUCACAUGGUAAACCUGCAUACAAGAAGGAAAAUGGAACGAAUGCUUCUGCUGGUUCUUCUUCUGCACCCAGUAUGGCAGGAACUAAUAUUAAUCGGCGACCCAUUUUGAACAGCGAUCUUGUGGCUGCAGAAAAUAAAUUGUUGACUGUAGGUGCAAGUGAUGGAGUUUCUCUUUCAUCACAGCCUACUGCUGGAUUUCAAUCUCCCUGGGUGGGGGUCCCAGGUCAAGUAUCCAUGGCUGACAUUGUGAAGAUGGGUAGGCCACAUAAUAAGGCAAUGCCACCUCACCACAGUGUUAAUCAUCGCCAUCCUGCAGCACCUCCUUUGACAGCAUUGAACCAUGAUUUGCAUUUGUCAGAAAAUUAUUCUGCCAAGGUAUCAGAAGUAAACGCAGAGCCAGAAGUUACUGCAAGCCAGCUUGUUCAUGCCAAUGAUGAAUGGCCAUCUAUUGAACCAUCAGCUGUUAGUAUGCCUCCUGUUUUAGAGGCACCUUCAGAUUCUGAGCUGUGUACUGAUCCAUCUAACUUACCCUUGGAUAGAGUUAACCAGCAUAUGCAGUCUGAGUUAGAUGAUACUCAGUCAACCGAAGAUGACCACAUUGAAACUUUUAAUGUAAACCAUGUUGGACCCGCUUCUGUAUCUAGUAGAACUAUAAAGGAAGAUGAUGCUGUAGGCUCCUCUAUGUUUGAAAGUAAUUUAUAUGGGAAUAUGGGUUCCUAUCAGACUCACAGACAUGCCUUUGAGCAUGAAGCUGAAGAUGGUGCUUCAUCAGUGGCUGCUAACUUACAGCAUCUAAGUUUACAGGGUGAGGAUCAAGCAGCAUCACCUGACGAGGAUAAUCCUUCUGUAAUUAUUCCAAAUCACUUGCAAGUUCAUGCGCAAGACUGCUCACACUUGAGCUUUGGUAGUUUUGGAUCUGGCAUUGGUUCUGCUUUUCCUGGGGCAUUUGCAUCAAGACCCCUGAAAAAUAACCUGGAAGAGACAUCUGAAGUGGUGGAUGCCUCAUCAGCUGUGCACUCAGAUGCUAGAAAUACUGAAUAUUAUGGGGAUGAGCAUCUUAGAAAUGCUGCGGAUGACAAUUUAAUACAUAGAGCUGGUGUGAGUCCUGGUAAUUAUGAUUCGCCUGCAGGUCCACAGCCAGAAGUAUUGAAGGAGGAAACCCCUGAAGCUGCACAGGGGAAUCAAUAUGCAUUUCCUUCAUCUGCAUCUGGAUAUACUUUUGAGAACUCUCAACAGUUGAACGCUGCAUUUAGUAACCCACAGACAAGCUCUCAGAUGCAGAAUAUGACUCCUUUCUCAAAUGUUAUGCAGGCAUAUACAAAUUCAUUGCCAAGCACUUUGCUGACUUCAACUGUUCAACAAGGGAGGGAGCCUGACCUUCCAUAUUCUCCCUUUCCUGUGACACAAUCAAUGCCUACCAAAUACAGCAAUACAGCUUCUUCCAUCAGUGGACCAAGCAUUUCUAUGCCAGAGGCCCUGAGAGCACCUAGUAUUUCUACACCGCAGCCAACUCCACAGACACUUCCUGGUGGCAGUGUUGCCACAGGACCUGCUCUUCAACAACACCUUGCUGUGCAUCCUUACUCACAACCUACCCUUCCAUUGGGACCUUUUGCCAACAUGAUUGGCUAUCCUUUCUUGCCGCAGAGCUAUACAUAUAUGCCAUCAGCUUUUCAACAGACCUUUGCUGGCAAUAGCACAUAUCAUCAAUCUCUGGCAGCAGUGCUCCCACAGUAUAAGAACAGUGUUUCCGUAACCAGCUUGCCUCAGUCUGCUGCUGUUGCUUCUGCAUAUGGAUUUGGGAGUUCAACAAGCGUUCCUGCAGGAGGCACAACCAUUGGAUACGAUGAUGGUUUAAGUUCUCAAUACAAGGAUGGCAAUCACUUGAUCUCACUUCAACAGAAUGAUAAUUCUGCCAUGUGGGUUCAUGGGCCUGGUUCGCGAACAAUGUCUGCUGUCCCUGCUAGCACAUAUUACAGCUUCCAGGGACAGAAUCAGCAGCCUGCUGGAUAUCGACAAGGUCAACAACUGUCACAACAGCAUUUCGGGGCACUUGGUUACCCAAAUUAUUAUCAUUCUCAAACAGGGAUAUCACUGGAACUCCAGCAGCAAAACUCAAGGGAGGGAUCCCUUGGUGGUUCUCAGGGUCAACCCUCAAAGCAGACUCAACAGUUAUGGCAAAACAGCUACUAGAUCUCAAUCACCUCCUGGUUUUUCAGGGUAUAUGUAGUGAGUUUGGAAAAGCGGCCAAUCAUAGGCAUUCCUGUGAUUGAAUAAUUUUAUGUAAUGAUUUAGUGGGUGGGUUGGGUCUGAAGAGACCCCCCCAUGAAUGGCUACUGCCCUGUGCCAUGAGGUUGUACUUUAGAUAUUUUAUCAUCUCAUAUCAUCUGUUUAACUUAGGAACAAAGUGUGCUAAUUUGAGCUAGUUGACUACUUUUUUUCUUCUUCUUUCUUGUUUCUCAAUAUAGUGAAAUUUGCCCUUUCUCGUUCA